AUGUCUCGUCCAGAAGAUUUAGCACCUCCAGAAGUGUUCUACAAUGACAGUGAGUCUAAGAAGUAUAGUGGAUCUACCAGAGUGCAACACAUCCAAGCUAAAAUGACACUUCGAGCUUUGGAACUCCUAAAUUUGCCACACACGUCAUACAUCUUGGAUAUAGGGUGUGGUUCUGGUCUCAGUGGGGAGAUCUUGACGGAAGAAGGACACAUAUGGACAGGACUGGAUAUUGCACCAAGUAUGUUAGCGGAAGCUUUGAACAGAGAAGUGGAAGGAGACUUAAUGUUGCAUGAUAUAGGUCAAGGUAUUCCAUUCAGAGCAGGUGUUUUUGAUGCUGCUAUUAGUAUAUCUGUGAUCCAGUGGCUAUGUAAUGCGGACACUUCUUACAAUGAUCCUAAGAGACGUUUAAUGAGAUUUUUCAAUUCACUCUUCGCUAGUUUGAAGAAAGGGGGUAAAUUUGUAGCGCAGUUCUAUCCUAAGAACGAUGAACAAAUCGAGCAAAUUUUGGGUGCAGCCAAGGUUGCUGGGUUUUCUGGUGGUUUGGUCAUCGAUGACCCAGAAUCUAAAAAGAAUAAAAAAUACUACUUAGUCUUAAGCUCUGGAUCAACGGAAACAGGGGAACAAGUUAAUUUAGACGGUGUGAAGAUGGAUGCAGACCUUGUUGCUAAGAGAGAACGUAAAAAGAAAUUGGUCGAAUCCAGAAAGGACUACAUCAAUAGGAAGAAAGAAGUCAUGAAGAAAAGAGGUAGAAAAGUGGCUCUUGAUUCCAAAUUUACUGGUAGAAAGAGAAGAACGAGGUUCUAG